AACUUAACUACAAGCAAGCGUCUAUAACCAAGCGACGCGUGUUAGUAAAAAGAAUUUCUCUUGAUUGGCUUCACUGAAUAAGCCGCUUUUGUUAACGACGGGUGAAUAAAAUAUUAAACUGAUUUCUUGCGCUACUAAUUUUCAGUAAUGUCUUCAGAUUUUUAUAUACGUUACUAUGUUGGUCAUAAAGGAAAAUUUGGUCAUGAGUUUUUGGAAUUCGAGUUUCGCCCUGAUGGCAAACUCCGGUAUGCAAAUAAUUCCAACUACAAAAAUGAUACAAUGAUCCGUAAAGAAGCAUACGUGCAUCCUUGUGUAAUGGAAGAGCUUAAAAGGAUUAUAGUUGACUCGGAAAUAAUGCAUGAAGAUGACCGCUUGUGGCCUCAACCAGACAGAGUGGGAAGACAGGAAUUGGAGAUUGUAAUAGGUGAAGAACAUAUUUCCUUCACAACAUCCAAAACUGGAUCACUGGUUGAUGUAAAUCAGUCUCGUGAUCCUGAGGGACUCCGUGGUUUCUACUACCUGGUACAAGAUCUCAAAUGCUUGGUGUUCUCUCUCAUCGGUCUUCAUUUUAAGAUUAAACCAAUAUAGCUGUAUGUCUCUUGUAUUUAAGUGAAAUAAAGUUGUCAAU